CGCAACGAUAAAGUGAGGAAUCGCUGCAAGAACAACAACGACAAUGAGGUGGCUACUUUCUUUCCUCAUACUUGGACUGCUAUCUGUGGUGCAGGCAGUGAGCUCCAGUGGAAAUCGAUUAUUGGUUGUGCUGGAGGAAUUGGCAGAGAAGUCGAAAUACUCGAAAUAUAUCGCGGACCUUGAAGGCAGAGGAUUCUCAAUCACUUUCGAAUCACCGAAGAGCGACAAAGUUGCGUUAUUUGAACUCGGCGAGAGAGCGUACGAUCAUGUCUUACUGCUGCCCACCAAAGCCAAAGGCCUUGGACCAGCUCUGACGCCGAAGCUCCUACUUGACUUUAUCAAUGCUGGCGGCAACAUUCUCUUGACCCUCUCUUCAUCGACGUCCACCCCAACUUCAUUAGUAUCACUCCUUCUCGAACUCGAUAUUCACCUUCCUUCGGAUCGCAAAGCUCUUGUUAUCGAUCACUUCAAUUAUGAUACCCUGAGCGCUUCCGAGAAGCACGAUGUUGUCCUCGUUCCAAGACCAGAUGCCAUUCGACCAGAUAUCAAGAACUUCUUCAGAGGAGAGGGCAAGGGAGGGGAAGUCAUUGCAUUCCCACGAGGUGUUGGACAAGAACUGGGAAAUGCAAGCCCGUUGUUGACACCAAUUCUCCGAGCUCCUCGCACCGCAUACUCAUACAACCCCAAAGAUGAUGUUGAAGGUGUUGAGGAUCCAUUCGGUGUUGGAUCCCAACUGUCCUUGAUCACCACGAUGCAAGCUAGAAAUUCUGCUCGCUUUACCGUUAUUGGAUCUUCAGAGAUGCUUGAGGAUGCUUGGUUUGAUGCCAAGGUCAAGCGCAGUGUGGGCUUGGGUGGUGUUGGAUCUGAUGCCAAGAACGUGAAGACUGCCAACCAGGCUUUCGCAAGGGAAGUCACUGCCUGGACAUUCAACGAGAUUGGUGUUCUCAAAGUUGGAAAGAUUGAGCAUUCACUCAACGAGGGUGGUGUCAAGAGCAACAUCACCAAUCCGAAGAUUUACAGAGUCAAGAACGAUGUGACUUAUUCCAUUGAGAUCUCCGAGUAUUCUUGGGACAAGUGGGUUCCUUUCACCCCACCUACAGGCGAUGUCGUUCAGCUCGAAUUCUCCAUGCUAUCUCCUUUCCACCGCCUCCCUCUUACCCCAUCUACCACAACGAAAGACUCCACCAUCUACACUACCAGCUUCCAGCUUCCAGAUCAACACGGAAUCUUCAACUUCAAGGUCAACUACAAGCGGCCAUUCCUCUCCAACCUCGAGGAGAAGAACACUGUUACCGUCCGACAUUUUGCACACGACGAAUAUACAAGGAGUUGGGGCAUCAGCGGAGCAUGGCCAUGGAUUGCUGGCAUUGGUGCUACUGUUAGCGGGUGGGUGGUAUUCGUUGCGAUUUGGUUAUGGAGCAAGCCUGUGCCGUUGAAGUUGACGACAAGCGGGAAGAAGGUCCAAUAGGUGCAUAGAGGAGUCUGAAAAGCAAAUGAAUCUAGGUCAUGGGCGGGGAACUCUGUAUCUGUAUAAAACAAGACAAAAGUGUAUAGGACUAGCAUGAAUGCAAUGUCCAGGGGUUUAUGGAGCAUUUUGAGCACAAAUUCAUCCAGGAACUCUAUCCCUUUUUACGCGAUAAACAAGACUAUAUACAGAGUACAAGCAACCGCACUCGACUACCCUCAACAACAAUACUAGCUAUAAUCUCUGAAUCGCUGACCAG